AUGCCGAGCCGCGGCGGAUUCACUAUCCACCUGGUGAGGUGGAGGUGCUUUCCAGUUCCAUUGGGAUCAUCCCUAUUCCAGUCCCUACAUAAUUCCUGCUGUCGGGAAAAAUCCACUGCACCUGAGAAAAUUAUCCCCAACGUUGCUUUUUGUGGUGAAAAUACAAAGGAGUCUGGAAAUGCACUUGACAAACUCUUCUCUUCGGAACAGCAGGCUUCCAUCUUGCAUGUGUUGAACACAGCGUCAGAUAACGAACUUGGAACUUUCAAAUUGCUUCGUGGAAGAAGGUCCAUCAAUAUUGUAGAGCACAGAGAAAAGUUUGGACCAUUUCGGAAUUUGGAAAGUUUAAUGAAUGUGCCCUUGUUCCAGUAUAAAACAGCCAUUCAAGUUUGUAACUCCAUUCUUUGUCCAGAGACUGGAAGGAAAAAAAGAAAAUUACAGGAAAGCCGGCUCUUGGGAAAGCUCAUCAAACCAGACAUAGGAAUAGGGAGGCUUAAGGCAGUUAAUAGUAUCCUAUCUAUUGUUUUUGGUACUCGAAGAAUUUCCUGGGCUCACCUGGAUCGUAAAAUGACCGUGCUGGACUGGCAACAAGAUGAAAGUUGCAGAAUGAUGAAAGGGACAUAUCUGACAUCUGUCUAUUUAGAAGAGAUGUCUUCAGUCAUUUCAAAGAUGCCUAAGGCUGAUCUCUAUAUUCUGGAAAAAACAGGACUUCCAGUUCAGAACUCAUCACUGUUUCCUAUACUGUUACAUUUUCAUAUUGUGGAAGCCAUGCUCUAUACUUUAUUAAAUAAAACAUUUGCCAGGGAUGGCCAGCACCAGGUGCUGAGCAUGCACCGAAAUGCAGUGGGGAAGCACUUUGAACUUAUGAUCGGGGACACAAGGACCAGCGGGAAAGAGCUAGUGAAGCAGCUUCUCUCAGAGUCGGUACUGAAGGCAGAGCCUCGAGUAUUCUUCCCACCGGAUAAAGUGGUCCAGUACAGGCAGAUGUUUUCAUCUACUGAGCAGAACAGAGUAGAAGAGUUAUAUGAUUCGUUAUUACAAGCUGUUGCCUUCUAUGAAUUAGUAGUUUUUCAUAAUGGGCCUUAA